GAAUCCCCCAUGUGAUUGGACGCUAACGGGAUCAGAGCAUGAUACGCUCAACAGGUGCUCAUCCGGGGGCGGUUUGACGGUCGGACAGUCACCCACCAGAAAUUUGAGCUUGGCGGUUCAAUAUAAAGGGGUUUGCAACGCGCGCAGAGCUUACAGUAUACAGAUUCCCCUCCACAGAACCGCAUAUUACCUGACCCGAAAUAGACAAUUGAGAAAUGUCCAAGGCAACAUUGUACACCUUUGGAGCGUCUGUAUGGGCCGCCGUGCCGGAGCUCGCCCUAGUUGAGCUGGGCUACACCGGUGAUCAAGUUGUCAGGGAAGUAGUCAACCUCGGCGAGGGCGAAAAUUUCAAGCCAUCUUUCUUGAAACUCAACCCGCGUGGAACGCUCCCGACUCUACGCACAGCGGACGGGAAUGUCUACACCAGCACGGAAACUGUGACGCGCUACCUGGUCGAGAACGCUUCUGUCAAAGUCGCUCCUGGAACCCCAUCCUUCAUUGCGAAGAUCCACGACGACCAGUUUGAUCCCAACUUUGCUUUCCUGCUCGCAAGGGAUGACAAGGAACUUGCGGCCAAAGCUUCUGGGUUCCCCCUCGCGUUCUUGCAGAAUCGUCAGAGCGCCUUAAAUAGGAACGCCUCCACCCCCGAAGGCGUCGAAUUCAAGUCCUUCUAUGACGCGAAGAUUGUUGGCAACGGCGGCCUCCUAUCUAUCUACAAAGGCGAGGCGCCCGCCGACGUCAAGUCCAACUUCUUCUCCCAGUCCCAGAAACAUUGGGACUCCCUCCGCGCCUUUAUCACCCAAAUCCUGCCCGCGACUCUCGAGUCUACUACAAAAGAGAAGCCGUUCCUGGGAGGCGAGCGCCCGGGCGAGGACGAUUUCCACCUGGCUGCGUGGUUGGCGCGGAUUGCGUUCGUCGCUGGGGGAAAGCCAGGAAAGGACGGGCUGAAAGUAUUGGAGAAGGAGCUCGGAGAGGAUGUCCCGGAUGAGGUGGUCGAUUACUGGAAUGCAUGGGCUGCGAGAGAUAGCUGGAAGAAGGUGUAUGAAGGCGGACUGCACUAAAGUAUGCUGGUCCGUUUGCCUUUCUUAUGAAAUGCGAAUGCUUGUGACACCCCUACAUAAUUUCCAAUACAUACUAGUAUAGAUACUGUUAUAGAAUGAGACGUGCAAGCAGUGGCUCCAUAGAGCUGCUAUAAUUA